AUGGCUGGUGUAUGGGAAUUCAAGAAUGGCGUCUUACGAUUAGUCGAGAAUGCUCGCCCAAAAGUGUUGGUACACGUUCCGAGUAACGAAGUGAUCACUUCGUACGAUGUUCUUGCAGGGAAAUUAUCGUCACUUGGAUGGGAGAGGUAUUACGAUGAUCCUGAUCUUCUCCAGUUCCAUAAGAGGUCUACAAUUCAUCUCAUCUCUCUCCCCAGAGAUUUCAGCAAGUUCAAGCCCCCGCAUAUGUAUGACAUCGUCGUAAAGAAUCGUAACGAAUUUGAAGUUAGAGACGUGCAAUAA